GCACGUGGCGGAUGUGAGAGAACUGUCCUUCUUUCCGAACACGUGACAUGUAACCAAUGACGAAAGGUUUUUUUUCCGGGUAAACCGCGGGACACCACCGGACGGUGCACACGCGCGACCAUUCCACCUCGUGUCACACAGGAUGAACGUGGGCCUCCUCGGGAUGCAGCAGCCGUAUCAGGCCGUGGCUGUCACCUUACAGCAACAACAGCAGCAGCAGCACGGUUCUCCCGUCAUCGCGCCAGCAAGCGGCUCGAAUGGCAGUGCUUGUAACGCUGGUGGUGUCGACCGCCGGGACCACAUCAAACGGCCCAUGAACGCGUUCAUGGUGUGGUCGCGCGCGCAGCGUCGCAAGAUUGCAGCGGAACACCCCAAGAUGCACAACUCGGAGAUAUCCAAGCGGCUGGGAGCCGAGUGGAAGCAGCUGAACGAGGACGACAAGCGGCCGUUCAUCGACGAGGCCAAGCGGCUGCGCGAGCAGCACAUGCGGGACCACCCGGACUACAAGUACCGGCCUCGACGCAAGGCCAAGGCUCCGACCUCCAAGAAGCUGGACCAGCCUUACCCCAUGGCGCCAGCCGGUUACAUCGCGGACCCGUGCCGGGCCUACCUGCACCACCAGCAGCAGCACGGGCUGGCCCAGUUUCACGCGUCCAACGCGGCUGCGGUGGCAGCCGCCGGGCCGCAGAUCUACACGAGGGACGCGGCGCCUCAGCAGCCGCAGAUCUCGCCGCACUCGACUUCGAGCAGCCCGGCGCUGUCCGGCACCUUCUCGCCGUACCCUCCGGACGUGAAGCCGUUCGCGGCGGGACCCUACAAGUCGCCCGGCGCUCCCGUGGACAUCGGACCGGGAUCCCUGUACGCCGACAUGUACGGACCGGUGCACCAAAACUCGGCACUCGCCUCUGCUGCCGUGCAAGUCGGAUAUUCACAGGCGGCUGCCGCUGCCGCCGCCGCCGCCUACAUGUAUGGCUGCACACCUCCUGGCUACGCUUCGGCCCAAGACCAGCGUCGCGGCAUGUCCCUCGGCAUGCCCCGGUACUAGGCUUCCUGACUACGUGCCCGAUAACGGGGACAAUCUCUUCUUACCUUUGUGCCUUCGGUGAAGGGCGCCGGCUUGUCUCAUGCCUUGGAUGCCUGCAGCCUACCCGCACCGCCUUGUUAACGCCACCUGUUUUCCGCUCCGCAGGCCACUACGCAACGUGGAGAUGUUUGUGAAAGGGUGCACACAGAUUUAGCGGACGUUUUAGCGGAUGUUUUUAGCGCGAAAGCGUCGAGGAGCCCGUGUCGCAGGAAAUCCGGCGUCCCGGGUCGGACGUUUACGGCAGAUUUUCGAGCUACGCAUACCCAGGCCGUCCAUGUGACGGCCUGGGUAUGCGUGGCUAUGCGACGCAAACCAUAAAGUGACCUAACUGAAUUUCUCAAGCUAAAAUACGUGGGAAAACCGAGGCCCCUCGCAAGAGGCCGCGUUUCUACCAUAAAGCCCGCCUUCGGUUACAUUGCGGUCACAUACGCUCCAGUUGCCGGGACGCGUGACAAACAGUCGGGGAUCUUUGAAUGCUAUCGCGUUUCACUCUUAAA